CAAAAAUGAAUUGGUGAUUCGUACGUUGAAAAUUUUGUGCACAACAUGGUGUCUGGGGACCACGAAAAGUUGCUGCCCGAGCCGGAGAAUUACGUGAAAUGUUUUUAUGAUCUCUUUAAAAGCAUUGCCGAGGCACAGAGAAAUAAGGAAGAAUGGAGAAAAUGUAAAAAAAAUAAAUCUAUACGUAAAAGAGAUAAGAAAAAGAUUGAUUUAACUGGAGAUUUAAAUUACAAUAGUCCACCAGAAAUAGAAUUACCUUGCAAUGCUUCUGCAUUUGCUGUAUUUGCUAGUGUUAGAAGCGCUAUUUUGGAAAAACAUGCUAGAACAACAAAUGAGGUUUAUAGAGUAUCAAAUUGUAAUUCUCCAUCACCACCAGAACAUAGUGAGACUAUGGAUACAGAAAGUGAUGAUGAGGAUAGGAUAUCAACUAUACAGAGUUUACCAAAGAUUGUAGGCAUUGGUUUACGAAGUGUUUUCACGUUAAUGAGGGAAAGCAGAGCAAUUGAACCUCUUUUAUGUACAAAAGCAUUAUCAGCUCUAUUGGAUAUAUUGCAAGGACAACUCCCAGAAGGGCUGAAGUCUGAACCAGAUGAUGUUAUUGAUCCACUUUUUGAUCUGCUGUUGGAUCUAGCAACUUCACACGGCCCAGAAUCAGCAGCUGCAAAUGAUGGUAGUCAUUUGACUGCAGUUGCUUGUGCAUGUUUAUUGAGCCUUGUGGUUGUCAGAGGUGAUACUGGUCGUCUGUUAGCAGCAAUUGCUGCUUUACUCAUGUGUCCUAGAGCACUAGCAGUUCAAAAUAUUCAAAUGCCAUGUGUAUUAACAUCCUUACAAAGAAGUGUACAAGCUGUAUUACUUGGAAAACUUAUACGGCCAGACUGGAUUACAUAUGGAGUUCCUAAAUGUUCUAAGAUUUAUACUUCUACGCUUAAGUUACCAAAUGAGAUAAAUAAUAUAACAUUAAAUGGACGAAGUUUUGUGAGUGACGGAAAGUACCUGUACCUACACACAACUAGAGGAUUAUUAAAAAUUGGUAGUGGUCACGGUGGAACCAUUUGGGGUCAUAUGUAUAUUCAGAAAGCAGAUUUUUAUCCAACGGAAACCGGUUGGCUCGGUUAUGCAAAUAAUACAUUAUAUUUUAAGUGUACACCCCGAAAACAGAGCGAAUUACUAAUCAUUGAUGCAGAAACCCUUGUAGUCACAGGAAUUGCCGUUUUAGAAGGUCGUGACUGGUCAUCUUCCGUUAUGUUUUCCGAUGGCGAAUGUUUAGGAAUGAUAACAGCGGGAAAAGAUGAUGGUUUUGUAGUCAGAACAAUAAAUACACUAAGUAAUCCAGUAGCGGUUGCAUCCGAAUUACCAUUGAAAUUAGCAAGAAAAUGUGUAGAUGUUUUUGGAUACUCUGCUUUUGAUGAAGAACAAGCCGUUCAUAUAUUAAAUCCAGGCUGUGACGACGAAAUUGCUACAGUUACAGCAGGGAAAGAAUUUGGUUUAUUAAAAACUGUGUCUGGAAAGGUAUUAUAUACUGGAAAAGGAACUUGUCUUGGUAUGAAAAGUAAUACAAGGCCUAAUAGAUGGGUAGAAUUAACACUUGGAAAAGGACCAAGACUUGUACAUUUUGCGGCUGGUCAUGAUGGUCAGCACGUUGUUAUGAUUAUGGAAGAUGGUUCUGUUUUAUUUGCUGGAACUGCUAGGCGUGGAGAGGAUGGUGAUAACAAUAAAGUUCGUCGACAACCCAAACCGGUUAAGCCAAAAAAGAUAGCAAAGGUAGAAGGACAAUUUAUUGUAGACGCCGCCUGCAAUAAUGGAUCGACAGCAUUAGUCACUAAAGAGGGUGCUUUGUUAAUGUUUGGCAAAGAUACCUUGCACAGUGAUCCGGUAUCAGGGGUAGUUACCGAUCUCAGAGAUGUCUGUGUUGUUCACGUUUCGUUAGGAAAAGCUCAUGCUGCGACAUUAACUAACAAAGGUCAUCUGUAUACAUUUGGGAUUAAUAAUAAGGGUCAGUGUGGUAGAGAUUUUACAGCAGUUCAUGCUGUAAAUAAGGAUGUCUCUGUUGUCGCUAUGGAGAUGGGUACAGCGGACGAUGAACUUUUAGUGACAGAAGAAGACGGCGUAGAACCGACUGAAGAUUGGGAGGAAACAAGAGGGAUGUGUCCUCCAGGAUUACAUCAGUGGAAGCAUCGUGUUUGUAUGGUUUGCACGGUGUGCCGAGAGUGCACUGGUUGUAGUAUAUCAUGCUUGAGUAGUAUACGACCGGAUCGAAACCCUGGCCAGGAAUGUGGAUGUGGUAAGGGUGACAGUGGUUGCGCGGAAUGCGGAUGUUGUCGAACAUGCGCAAGAAAAAGUUGUACCACUGGUAGAUCCAGUUCCAAUUUUCGGGAAUAUUUACAAAGGCGUCUGGGAGAAAUUAAGCAGAAGCAGAGAACCAAAGCAGGUCCAAGUACUGCGAAAUAUGGAAUGAAGAUGAAAGCUGGUCCAAGCGUGAUACAAAAGAGUACCGGGAAAAUGGCAUUGGGGUUAAGUACUAAUUUGAUGAUUGAAGAAGGUAUUGGAGGAAGCGAUAUUGAACGAGGUGACGCGGCAAGAAUAGCUAGUAUACCACCAGCUAGAGUUCCUAUACCCAGCGAAAGUCCUGUGGUUCAAGUAUCGUGUGGAUUGCACCAUACAGUGGUGCUCUUACAAAAUGGGGAAGUUUAUACAUUUGGAAGCAAUAUAUAUGGUCAGCUGGGUGUAGGAGAUUUAGUAGCACAUGCUGGAGUCGUUCACGUUAAGUUACCAGGAAUAGCAACGCAAGUUGCGGCUGGAAGUAAUCAUACUGUCAUACUUACUUCAAAAGGCGAAGUGUUUACGUUCGGAGCUUAUCAAAAAGGACAAUUGGGCAUGAAUUGGUGGAAUGGACAAAACGACUCUUCAAAUACUACUUCACAAACUAGUCGUCGUUCUGAUAGGACACAGCCAUGGCACAGUUUUCCAAACGUAGUUCCAAAUAUCGGUCCACGAUGGGGUAGACGUGCAACAUGGGUUGGCGCAAGUGGAGAUCAAACUUAUGUCAAAAUUGAUGAAAUAAAUUUUAUUAGUUUAACAAGGAGUACUGUUAUGGCAAAUAAAAACUGCAUAAUUUUAAUUCCACAUCAAACUGAUCACGCAAAUUCGUUCAAAUGCUUAGUUAUAAGUAAACGGGACGGCACUUGUAAUAGUUACAGCGGAGCGGAUCAAGUUGACUUCAGUAAUUGUGCAACCUGUUUAGAUCCUUUGUAUAACGUGAUUUGGACUUUUAAUCCGAUAAAGAGUGAAAUAAGCCUAUAUAAUAUUAUAUCAACGGAAGCUAGAACGAUUCCUGGCUUGGAAGUAUCUAUUUUGAAUCCAGGCUUAGCACUGCCUGUAGUAUCAAGCUGCUUUGUAACGCGUUCCCAAGCUGCGAUGCAUUUGUUGGCCUGUUUGGAUACUCUUACACAAGCUCAAGAUGAAAAUCUGACUAUAGUAGAAGAAAAUGAAUGUAAUCAAUCAACACACGGAAAAGCGUACAGUCGGGAAGAUUUUGUUACGGUUAAUAGAUUUGAAAGUCACGGUGGUGGUUGGGGUUACACCGCACAUUCGAUCGAGGCUAUCAGAUUUAUGCCUGAUACUGAUAUCUUGCUUGGUGGAUAUGGAUUGUUCGGAGGCCGGGGCGAAUAUACAGCAAAAAUAAAACUUUUCGAUAUUGGAACUGAUGGAGGAGAUCAAGAAAACGAUGGUGAACUUUUAGCAGAAUCAGAGGAAGUACCGUACGAAUGCGGACCGAGACAAAAGUAUUCUAUAUUAUUCGAUGAACCGAUUGCUUUGCAAGCUAACAGGUGGUACGUUGCAUGGGCAAAAGUUAGCGGUCCUUCCAGUGACUGCGGAACUGGUGGUCAAGGAAUGGUCACGGCUAAAGAUCAAGUUAUGUUUUAUUUUAAAUCAUCCAAGAGAUCUAACAACGGAACAGAUGUGAAUGCUGGACAAAUUCCACAAUUAUUGUAUCGUAUUGUUACACCCGAAAGUCAAACUCCUAACAGGCAAAGAGAUCAAGUCGAACCAGUUUAUGUAUUGAAACGGGAUUUUAGUAGAACGGUGACUAAAGAAUGUUUUCAGUCAUUAAUAUCUCUUCUUCAGUGGAGUUGGAAUACAUUAAAAGCAGCAUUAAAUGACACUAUGGUUCAUGCUAUUUCCUCUCACGCAUUGCUCGAAAUGGAGCGUUUGGUUUAUAUUAGUAAAGCUAGUUUACGAUUACUUAGAACAUAUAUUAACGAAAUUUAUCCUAAUCAAGUUGGCAAGAAAACCCCGGCUGAAUCGGUUCGUUUAGCCGAAUGCAUUGGAGAAGUGCGUGCGCUGUUACAUCAAAUUUUAUCUGAUUCUGUGCCAUUAAAUACAAAGAGUAAAGGAAAAACGCGAUCAAAUAAAAGUACUACUACAAUAAGCAACAAGUUGACAAAUAGCAUACUGGAUGAAUGUCAUAGAACAUUUGUCGCUUGUUAUCAUGCAUUUUAUCCGACGGCAUACUUAAAAUGGACAUGUCUCUGUGAAUUAUUAUCGGAAAUUGAUAGGGAACAGGGAAGAUCUUCAAAAGACCGUCUAUUAUCAGCCGUUUUAGCUUCCUUGUGUAAUCCAGCCAUUCGUCUACGAUGUACAUUUCCGAUUUUGACUAACAUCAUGGAUAGCAGUGAUAGCAUCAAGCGGCAGCUCAGUCCAUCCGACAAUACUGGCUUGUUGAUGAUCAAUUCCACGGAAAGCCAUCAGUAUCCAAUUUUAGUUGAACAAAUUAGUUAUAAAUCUCAGGUUGAAAGCUCUGGGAAGGAGACCUUAAAUUGGUCGUUUCGCGAUGUUCUUGAUAGACUGUUAGAUUUGAUUCUAGUCCCGGUGAAGAAAAGUCUUUGCAAAGAAAAGACACAAUCACUGCCAGAGUUGGUUCUUCAUUGUUGUUAUUUGUUAGCGCGGGUGAUAGCUGAAUUAGCGGCACAGUCUAGCGGGAACGAGGAUGAACUUCAAGCUGCCUGUGGCAGGCUUAUGUACACCACACCUUCGAGAUUUACCCGAGUAAAUCAAUCAAGAUCUUGGAAUACCGGUAAUGGUUCUCCUGACGCGAUCUGUUUUUCGGUCGAUAGACCCGGUAUCGUUAUUGUUGGAGUAGGUAUCUACGGAGGUGUUGGAAUGUACGACUACGAAUUAGAACUGCUUGACGACCAAAACAAUACGGGCAAUGAUCCAUCUCAUACGCAACGUUGGAGCAGUUUGGAUUUUACGCGAGGCUCUUUUGGGCCGGAUGAUUGCGUUAACGACAUAGUAGAGUUAAAAUUUGAUAAACCAGUGCUCAUUAAGGAAAACGUGAAGUAUGCUAUUAGAUUGAGAAACCGUGGUGGUCGUACGAGUAAUGGUGACGGUGGUUUAAGUGUCGUUAAAGGACCCGACGGGACUACCUUUACCUUCACGGCUUGUUCCUUAAGCUUUAAUGGUACAACACAAACUAGAGGUCAAAUACCUCAUAUCCUUUAUUACUCUAAUCCUCAAGAUUCCGAUGGUCAACACACGAGCAAAGCAAUGGCUGAGGUGCAAGCAAGAAAAUGUACCCUUGCCAUGACAGCCACAGUUAUUCAAAGGUCCAAUGAAAUACUUGCAUUAGCAAGGGAGAGGGCAGAAGAUGGAAUAGCCACCGAAGUUUUAGGCAAUGCAACGUUUAUAACCACUCUUUUACCUUUGGUGAUGGCACAUAUUAGUCCACUGGCUACUUCAGAUCCUAGGAGUGGAGUUCAAGUUCUCACUUUAAUACAAGAAAUGCUUCCUCAUGUUUCGGCACUUAACUUAUUAUCUGCAAUGGGAUUGUCUCAAAUAUCUCAAGACAGUGAAGCUCAGUCUCACGUAUCUCCACCCAUUACUACUAGUCAUCAUUAUACUUGGUUGGAAAGCGAUCAUCCCUAUAAACCUGCUACAGUAUCUCACUAUAAAGUUACCUUUCCGGAUACGGUUAAGUGGUUAACUAUUGAAUUCACACCUGAGUGUGGUACGGCGCAGCCUGAAGAUUAUUUGCAACUCUACAUUCCGAAUAUAAUUUCACCCGUGGGAACAUCUGUGACCGCAGGGGUAGAAGACACACCCUUAUAUUGGCCUGUACUGCAUAAACUAAGUAAUGUACAAAGCCAAUGGCCUCAAAACGCGAUUGUACUACCAGGAAAUGAAGUGAUAUUCUCUUUGGAAACUGCGUCGGAUUAUAUGAAAAACGACAGGGCGGUCAUGUACGGGUUUAAGUGCUUGGUUAUUGGAUACGACUGGAUAACAUCGGGAAAUGGGUUAAAAAAUCUGGAAAUUGAAUUAUCAUUUCUGGGUGGUGCUUGUGCCGCCAGUCUGAUGAAGAGAAAUCUUGCGUUACCACCUGUGUCCAACGAAGAAGUGGAAGAGGAUCUGGAGCUGAUGCAGGAAACCGCAAAGAGGAUUUUCUCCAUGCAUUCAACAUUACUUGGCCGAGGAUUCGCUCUGGCUUCGCCACCCACGGUCUCCCAGGCUCUCGACGGAGUUCUUCCAUUCAGUUGCCACUCGAACGAACGGCUCUUUCUGCGAGAUUUCGUCUCCUGUUCAGCCGGGACCAGUGGUGGUCGUUUGGCAAGAUGGUUGCAACCGGACAGCUUUGUGGAUCCCUCGAAAUGCGAGGCGCUUUACUCGAAGGAAGAGAUGAAGUGCGGAUGGCCGGCCAUAGUUACUAUACUCACGAGAGAUCAGUACGGGGACGUCGUGCAUGUACCCAAUCUAAAGGUCGAAGUGAAAGCAGUUCCCAUAGACAAAAAGGACCUAGCAGAAUCGGAUCAAGGAAGAAAAAUUCGACGAGUAUCGCAGCCGGACCCGAUGAGCUUCGGAGGUCAUCCUCAGCCUCCGUUAGACGUUCCGUACGAGGUUACGAUCAACAAUAAGACCUGUUUCUACGCGAUCACUAUCAUGAAGGCUUAUCAAAACUAUUCGUUCGAGGAGCUGAGGUUUAUGUCACCGACUAUAAAAAGAUCGAGCGAGAGUAUGCUGGUCAGACCUAACGGCGAUGGAAGUUAUAGCGCUACUUGGACACCGUCAUCGGUCGGAUGGUAUUCUCUCAUGAUCACAGUUGACGGAUACAACAUGGAAGAUAAUUACAGAGUGGAAGUGAAGGAACCUCCGCAGGGUAUGCAACCACCGACGCGAAAUAUAGUGAAGAAGCCGCAGCAUCAACCGAGCAGACUGAGAAAAUUCGUGGUGAAGAAUAGCGCGGGUUUGAGGAUCAGGGCACAUCCGUCUCUUCAAAGCGAGCAAAUUGGAAUCGUCUCGGUUAAUGGCACUAUAGCGUUCAUAGACGAGAUUCAUAACGACGACGGUGUGUGGUUGCGAUUAAACGCGGAAACGAUUAAGAAAUUCUGCAGCAGUAGUCAUCUGGAAGCUUGGUGCUUGCAGUACAAUCAACACUUGGGAAAAACUUUGUUACUUCCGGUGGAAGAGCCGAAAUCAAUCUUAGAUCAGGUCAUCAAGGAUACUAUCUUACGGAAGAGGCCUGAAGUAGUUGACGAUAAAAGGAAAACUGUUACUUUCGAUGGCGGUAGAAGCAUGGUCGUGGUGAAGUGCGGCGCAUCCGGUCACAACAUCAGAAGUAGGCCAAGUUUGAAGGCAGCACCGGUGGGAAUGUUGGCUCUCGGUAACUCGGUGACCAUUCAAGAAUACUUUGCUAACAACGAAGGCACUUGGGUACGAAUCGACGACGAAUCGAUGGCCAAGUAUUGCUUCGACAAAGGUCGGGUGGCCGAGGGUGAAGCAUGGUCCCUUGCCAUUAACAAACACGGUGUUACGUACAUGAAAACCGAGCAAGAUCUCGAGAACGAUCCGGUGGAGAAGAAACCGAUCGUGGCUGAUCCGUCCGUUUCACCUAAUCACAAAGGUUUCGAUUUCUCAGUGCCUUCCGUGAGCAACGAAGGCUUCAAUUUCACCGCCCAGAAUUACACACCGGGUACGGCCGAGUCUGGUGAAGGUAGCAACACGAAUCCAUUCAUUUUUGGUUCGUACAACCAGCACGAUUCGCCAGGGAGCGAUAAAUUCACACCAGAGAAGACUGACGUUUCACCGAAAUUCACGAAGCCUCAUUCGAAAGAAAGAAUGGUAAAGGAAAGAGAACGCGAAGGUGGUGGUGGUGGUGGAAAAUUCAGCGUGUUGCAGAAAUGGUUGAGAGGCGACGACAAGUGUCACGGGGAGAAAAAAAGCUCCCCUGGCAGUUUUGGCAUCUGCAGGGACUUCUCCGAGUUCGUCGGGGUGUCUGUGAAGGAGUUGGUGAAAGCAAUGGGUGAGAGUCGAGCGAAUGGUAACGGUGCCACGCCACCGGAGACCCCGAGACGAUUGUCGAGAAGCUCGUCACCGAAGAAUCCCCAAGGUGGGUCACCAAGAUUUCACAGCCCGUCCUCUAGCCCGGUUCCAAUACCCGCUGGGUCCAGUCGGCAGCCAGUUGGUUCUGGUAAUUGCCUCUUCCCUCCUGCUGCUCAUGCACCAGUAUCCGGUGGCAUGGUGGACAGUAUCACGUCGCAGAGACGUGGAUCAACCCAAAGCGACACAAGUGCCUUGGUCAGUAGUCUAACGAGGGAUCCUUCGCAGUCCCCAAGUGCUGUCAGCACAACUGCCAAUACUCGCGACCUUUCUCCAAGUCCAAGUUGUAGUUCUUUACACAUGAGAUCCGAGGGUAGUAUAGCUAGUCCACCCGACACACCGAAGCAAGAUGGCGGGGAUUCUCAAGAAAGUCCGCGAAAGGUAUCUCAAGCGCAGACGCAAACGAGUCCCGAGAGUGCUACCACAGCUAUGAAGGGUCAUUUUAGCAUCGGUUCGGCUGGUCCAAAGGAGGAACGUCAUCCAGCGAAACUGAGCAGAAGGGAGCAUAGCAAAAUAGCUAAGACCCGAACGAAACGAGCUAUCUCGCCGACUACCUCUCAAAGUCCUUCUCCGAAUAGGACGUUGAAUCUGACCAAGGAUAAAGUAAAGGAAGCUAUCAGUCCUUCGGUGGCAGAAUGCCUGCGAGCUGUGUUCGCGGCGUUUCUUUGGCACGAAGGGAUCGUGCACGACGCGAUGGCAUGCGCCAGUUUCCUCAAAUUUCAUCCUAGCUUACCGAAACAGGGCGCGCUCGUGGUGACCCGGCAAACGGUGCUGCAAUCAACGGACAAGCAGAAACAGGAACAGAAAGCGAGACAAAGACACUCGGUCGAGGUGACCAACGCCGGGAACUACUUGCACAUUCAACCGAGCACAUUGGAGACUUUAACUCGGUCGGCGGCGAAUGCGAACGCGAACAGGAACCGAAAGAAACAGGAAACAACGAUUAAGGAAGAGGUGCAGGAAAACGGGAAAUUAGGCGCUCUGCCGGAAUUUCAAACGGUCGCUGUUCUACCGCCGGCACUGAAAAGCUUGGUAUUCUUAUGGGAGGAGCUUAGCACUAAUUGUCUUCAAACCAUAGAACAACGCUCGGUACUGCCGAGCCCGAUAUCGCAGAUACAAACGACGAAGCUUAGCAAACGACCGGAAAAACGGAUCCGGGAGGACAAAGUGAAAGAACGAGAGAAGAAAACCAGCAAGAAGAAAAAGGAAUGGAAACCGGUCGGAAGAGCAAACGGAUCGGAGGCGCUGGGAGGAAUAGAACGAGAAACAAUUUGCGAACUCUGCGGCCUUAUGUUUCCGCAUCCAGUUACUUAUCAUAUGAAGAUGAUGCAUCCCGGUUGUGGAUGGCACGCAGGCGGGAAGGGUUACAAUAGCGGAGGUAACUAUUGCAUCGGAUGGGCGGGGAACUGUGGCGACGGUGGAGUCGGAGGUAGCUCCUGGUACCUCAUCUGCGAUACCUGUCGCGAUAAAUACUUGAGAGCUAGGAAGCUGAAACUCGCAAAGAAAUUCCUAACCGGGAUGACGAAGAAGAAGAACGGUACUGGCAAAAUCGUGUCGCCUCUCGGCAGUCCGAAUGGUAACGAAACACACAUCAUCAUGAAGAACAAUGCGAUGUUCCUGUUAGACCUGGCCAGUGCUUCUGGAUUAAACAUUCCGAAACAGCAAAGACGACCUUCUCAGACUUUGUCGUCGGUGGCUGAAAAUUAUAGUCCCCCAGAAGCGGCUGGACCGUUCCCUCCAACUGGACCAUUCCAAUGUCUGCAAGCCUUGGGAGUUCAUAAUUCGCAGAGUCACGAUGAAAGGUACUACGAAGAAACCCUGAGACGGCAAAAUGGUCACCCGAACGGUUAUGAAGGGAACAAUGGCAUGUCUAAUACCACAAACGGCAGGCCUCUGUCGGAACAUCCUAUAAGCGAUAGCGACAACGAAAGUACUAAAGGUCGGGGAAAUUUUCAUCGGUCAGUAUCGAUGUCCACUGCGGCUCCUUGGACCAGGAAUACUAAUGACGGCAGAGUGGUCAUGAUGCGGAAAAGGAAUAACAGUAGCAGCGAGAUGAACAACGAGGCAGGCUCGUCUCUCCUGUGCUACCCUUCCGCAGCCCUUCAGAAGCUAGUACCUUCGAUGAACCAGUCGGCAAUUGUCUCUACUAGUCAAGCAGAAGUGACAAAUACUGACAAGAUAGAGAUUCUCGUGAGGCCAGUGAUGCUGUUCGUUCUUCAACAACACAACUUGCAGCAUUUACAACUGGCCAUGAAGCAGGCGUUACGUCGUGCUGCGUGUCGAGUUUACGCGAUGCAAGCGUUAAACUGGUUGUUAAGAAGCGUCACUCAACCAAUCUGUCUUCAUGAUUUACUGUGGUGGUUCGUUGCUUCCCUGUCACCAAUUGUAUCACCUGAUAUUGCAGAUGCGAAUGACGAGGACAAUAGGACUGACAGAAAGGAAGAUCACGACAUGAUCGGUGUAUGCGAACAUCCCUUGAGCGAUCUAGUCAUAGCAGGCGAAUCUGUUAAUCCAUUGCCAACAGUGUUUCACACUUUGUUGCAAACUAUAGCGGAUCUCAUGCUUUUACCUCCGCCUGGAUCACCCCUUCAACAAGCUGCUAUUCGCUGCUGGGGUAUUAAAUUCACUCCUGCGGAUCACAUGUUCUUACACAGAAGUCACGUGUUUAGUAACAUUAGUAAAAUACUCUCGAGGUCAGAAGAAGAGGAGGACACCACGUUGAGCAUGCACGAAAGUCAUCAGUCGGUGCAUUCUCAACAAGUGAAUAGUUGCGUGGAGGUUUUGAAAGAUUUAACGUGCGGGGUAGAGAUCAAAGCCUCGAGCAGGCAAGCUAUGAUAGUCAGUUUGACCGAUAAUUCGACGGAAACUUUCUGGGAAUCUGGCGACGAGGAUCGUAAUAAAACGAAGACUAUCAGUAUCGUCUGUGGUGCUCAUUCUAUUCCACGAGUAGUUUACAUUCACAUCGAUAAUUGUCGCGAUUUAACGCACAAGGUAUCCAGCGUGACGUUUCAAUCGGGCAGCAAUGCAGAUGAAAUGGUAAAAUUGAGAACGGUGGAAAUUGAAAGUCGUUCAGCAGGCUGGAUUCACUGUCCAGUUACUGACCCACGUCAUAUUAUUGUGAGACUCGAUUUAAAGGGUCCAGACAAUUCUUUACGCGUUCGACAAAUAAGAAUCUUGGGCGAGAUCGAAGGGGAAUCAUUGAAAAUUGGAAAGCAAUUGAGCGCGCAAACGAUUCAGCAAAGGAAUUGCGAAGCUGAAACGUUGAAAGUAUUCCGUUUGAUUACAUCUCAGGUGUUUGGUAAACUCAUACAAGGCGAACAGCAGCAGCAACAAACGGAAGCUGCAGAAGGUGCUAACGAAGAUUUGGAAGACAGCAAUGAUCUUCGGGAACAUAUGGUUGGAAUUUUGUUCAGUAGGAACAAUCUGACUCAUUUACAGAAACAAGUUUGUACGCAUAUCGUUCAAGCUAUUCAGAAGGAAACCAUUCGAAUGAGAGAAGAAUGGGAAGCACUGUUGUGUUCACCAGCACCUGCUAAUAGCUUACUAAGUGAUAACAGCGAUUUACCAAAGGCAGCCGAUACUUAUUGCUUCGAAAUGUUAUCUAUGGUGCUUGCUCUAAGUGGCAGCUCUGUGGGACAGUAUUAUCUGUCGCAUCAGUAUGGUUUAUUAAAAGAUCUAUUGAGUUUAUUACAUACAGGAUCAGCUAGAGUGCAACGUCAAGUAACAUCUCUUUUGAAAAGAAUUUUACCCGAGAUCAAACCGGAAACAUUGGCUAAUGUGAUUAGUAUCAAACGCCUGCCACCCACUGAUUUUAGUAUCGUGUCUGCGGCAAAUAAUGGCUUCACCCAUACCUCAGAAUUCGAUGAACAUUCCCCGGGGAUUCUCGACGUUUUCCUAAGUUGCAUCGCGAAAGCGUUAACGGUUCAAGUUAAAGUGAAAGGGAAAGAAAAUAAUGGAAAGGCUUUGCAGACAGCAUCGCUAGCUACCAGUAUCCAUCCCAAGAGUUACGUUGGGCCGAGAUGGUGGCUAAGAGGUUGUAUGACGCGAAAAUUAGCCGAGGUGAUAAUUCAACUUUUAAAAGACAUGGCAUCGGGAAAACUAUCAGAAGCAUGGGCAUCGGUGACCAAAGCAGCGAUCGCGGAAAAUAUUUUAAAUCUUACCAGACUAGAUGAGAAGAGUCGUGACCCGUCUGAAUGCCUGAAAACUCCAACCUUGUGGUUAGCUCUUUCUUCGUUAUGCGUUCUGGACUCCGAUCACGUCGAAAGAUUAUCUUCUGGUCAGUGGACCGGUUCGGAGGGACAACCACCACCUCCUAGACCAACGUGUAGCAAUCACGAUGACGGUGAAACAACAGCCAUCAUCCAGUGCAACGUUUGCGGAAACUUAUGCGCGGAAUGCGACAGAAUCUUGCAUUUGCACAGAAGAACUCGAAUGCAUAUAAGACAAGUUUGCAAGGAAGAGGAGGAAGCUAUACGGGUGGAUCUUCACGAGGGUUGUGGUCGAACGAAACUCUUCUGGAUUCUGGCUCUUGCCGACAGCAGAACACUGAAGGCUUUGGUAGAGUUUCGCGAUGGUUCGCCGAGAAAACCGGUCGGCGCUACUUCCGGUAUCUGCAGAUUCUGUGGCACCACGGAAAACACGGGUCUGCUGGCGAUAGGGAACGUAUGCGCGGAUCACGAUUGCCAGGAACACGCGAAGAAUGCGUGCACCAAAGUGCAUUCCUGCGGACAUAUCUGCGGAGGUGUUCGAAACGAGAAGAAUUGUCUACCGUGUUUGCACAGGUGUUUGCCAGGAAGCGAUUUGAAGCAAGAUGCCGAUGACAUGUGCAUGAUAUGCUUCACGGAAGCUCUGUCAGCCGCGCCUGCAAUUCAGUUGCAAUGCGGACACGUUUUCCAUCUGCAUUGCUGCAGGCACGUGUUGAUGAAACGUUGGGUAGGACCGAGAAUCACUUUCGGCUUCUCUCUUUGCCCUAUUUGUAAAGUACCAAUGGAACAUUCCACUUUGGCCGAUCAGUUGGCUAGCAUCAAAGAGUUGUACGAAGAUGUUAGAAGAAAGGCUUUGAUGCGAUUGGAAUACGAAGGAUUAAACAAGGCCGAAGCGGUAUUUGGUCCAGGAGGACGAUAUCACCAAGAUCCCGCCGCGUAUGCGAUGGAACGAUACGCGUACUAUGUUUGUUACAAAUGUCAAAAGGCCUAUUACGGUGGUGAAGCGCGAUGCGAUGCCCAAAUUGGCGGGGAAACGUUCGACCCUGCGGAAUUAGUAUGCGGAGGUUGCAGCGACGUGGCAAGGGCUCAUAUGUGCCCGAAACACGGAGCAGAUUUCUUAGAGUAUAAGUGCCGAUAUUGUUGCUCGGUGGCGGUGUUCUUUUGUUUUGGGACUACUCAUUUCUGUAACCCUUGCCAUGACGACUUCCAACGAGUCACUACCAUUCCAAAGAGUGAAUUACCUUCGUGCCCUGCAGGACCUAAGGCAAAACAAUUGGAAGGAGACGAAUGUCCUUUGCACGUUAAACAUCCACCUACUGGAGAAGAAUUUGCGUUGGGUUGUGGCAUUUGCCGCAAUGCACACACGUUUUAAAAAGAAUUUUUGAUAUAACAACUUGAUACGAAAUGGGAUUCUUUCACGAUUUAACAGGCGAUCCUUGUUGACUCUUAUCAAUGCAACUAUACUAUAUAAUGGAUAUACAGUUCGAUAUAAGCAUUCUUAUGAUAACGAUGGUGCGUUAUUAAUGCAGUAAGAAGGGAAAGAUUGAGAAUUCUUAUGAUUGCAAAGGUGGAAUUGAUGCAACAUAAUGAUGCACGAGGAAUCAAAUUAGAGAGCGAGAAAGAGAGAGAGAGAACUGUGUAGUUACAGUCAUAAGUGAGAAUCUGACGAUGCGUGAAACUAUAAUACUUGUUAAGUAUUACAUAAGUCGUUUUUAUUGGUGAUUGUAAAGAAUUACUUAAAACGCAUAAUGGAGAUUGAAAAGAAAGUUGUGCGUGUAUUAAACUUCCAUGCAGUGCGAUAAACAAGAGCUUACACGUGCAUAAAGUCAUACAAAACGUAGUGAAUUCAUUUUGGUAAAAUAUUCUAGAUAUAAGUGUUUAAGAUAACAUAAUAUUAAUAUAAUUCUCUACGCUACUUAAGAAAUAUUUAAUUAUUAUCGACAAUGAUCCUAAUAAAUUAUGUAUGUAGGUAAAUUAUGUAUGUGAAAGAAGUAUGUUAUUUAAAAAAAGAACAAAAAAAUGUGAAGUCAGCUGUGAAGAGUAUAUAUAUAUAUAAAAAAAAGAAAAAAAAAGAA